GUCGCUGGGGGGCGCCGGUAGCUGCCAUGGCGGCGCGGGUGCUGCGGCGGCUGCCCAGACUGAAGCCACUCAACAGAUUGCAAGUAAUAUUGCAACAUUUGAAAAUGUCUAAACAUACAGAUUCUACAGCUGAAGUAUUGUUCGAAAGGAGAGGAGCUGCAGGAAUAAUAACUUUGAAUAGACCCAAGAUUCUCAAUGCGCUAACUAUUUCUAUGAUCCGACAAAUUUAUCCACAAAUAAAGACUUGGGAGCAAGAUCCUGAAACUUUUCUAAUAAUUAUAAAGGGAACUGGAGGAAAAGCUUUUUGUGCUGGGGGUGACAUCAGAGCCAUCGCAGAUGCAGGAAAAGUUGGAGAUAGGAUGACAAAAGAUUUCUUUAGAGAAGAAUAUACCCUGAACAAUGCCAUUGGCACUUGCAAGAAGCCAUAUGUGGCACUUAUUGAUGGCAUUACAAUGGGAGGGGGAGUUGGCCUCUCGGUUCAUGGACAUUUCCGAGUUGCUACGGAAAAGACACUUUUUGCAAUGCCAGAAACAGCAAUAGGCCUCUUUCCUGAUGUAGGUGGAGGAUAUUUCUUGCCAAGACUUUCAGGAAAGAUUGGCUAUUACCUUGCACUAACGGGAUUUAGGCUAAAAGGAAGAGAUGUGCAAAAAGCAGGCAUCGCCACACAUUUUGUGGAAUCAGAAAAGCUACCUGCCUUAGAGGAAGACUUGAUUGCACUUAAAUCUCCUUCAACAGAAAGUAUUGCAGACUUAUUGAACUCUUACCAUGUGAAGAGCAAAAUUGAUCAGGAAAAGGAGUUUGUACUUGAUGAACAUAUGGAGAAAAUUAACAGUCUUUUUUCAGCAAAUAACAUGGAAGAAAUAGUUAAAAAAUUGAAGCAAGAUGGUUCUGCUUUUGCCAUUAAGCAGCUAGAGACUAUUAAUAAGAUGUCACCUACGUCCUUAAAGAUGACUCUCAGGCAGCUCAGAGAAGGAGCUUCCCUGAGCUUGCAGGAUGUCCUGACGAUGGAGUACAGACUGAGCCAAGCCUGCAUGAGAGGCCAUGACUUCUAUGAAGGUGUUCGAGCAGUACUGAUUGACAAAGACCAGUCCCCAAGAUGGAAGCCAGCUGCUUUAGAAGAAGUCAGCGAUGAAUUCGUGGACGAUUGCUUUAAGCCGUUGGGAACCAACGAUCUCAAGCUUGGUGAAGAAGUAACUGUCCCAGAACUCCCUCUGAGCGCCGAGCAGAGCGUUCACUGCUGCCGUUAGCGAUUCUCCGACGAUUUGAAGGUCGAAGUGAACCUAGCCCCUAGCACUGCACCCGCUGGGGUGCAGCUGCACUGACGAGCCUGGUUGCACUUUUGCUUGUAUCCACGAACAUCCUGAAUCGGAAGUUUCCCUUUCUGCAGGGUGGAAAGUCUGUGAAAAGGAGGGGGAGCACAGCAAUGGGUACUGACGAUACAGGGCAAAGCAUGAGCUGUCUGCUGCUCUGCAGAGCCUCUAGUCCUUUAUGCAGCGUAUCCUAACAAACGUACGUGUUGGGUAAACCGGCGAGAUUCAGAUGGAUACUCAAGCCCUACAGUUGUUGUGCUGUAACUCUUCUCUGUUCCUGUUUCCCAUUCAGGUUUUACUAAGCCGUUUGCUUGUUAGCUGUACACUGGGUGCCAAAGAAAUAAUUUCGGCCAUUACAAAUAUGAUAUCUUCUAUAUUACAACACAUUUGUAUAUAUUACAAUAUAUACAAGAAUCCCUCCUUCUUCUUGCUUCCCAACUGAUAGGGAGACUCAGCCAUUUAACACUGGUUCUGUAAGAAAUGUAAACUUCCUUGUUUCUUUAGUAUUCAUAUGUUUUAGAAUCUUAAACAAUGGCUAUUCUCAAUCUAUGUAGAAAAAAAAAUCUGUUUAUUCCAUUUUUUUUUUUGUGCAAAAAAAAUGAAUAAUCUUCAGCUACUGCAUUUAACUGAAGAACAUAACAAUCCGCUGGGAACUGUUUGCCUUCUCUGCUUGAAAAGGACCCAUCCUCUUUUAGCAGGAGCAUACGGCUGAAUUAACAAACCUUGAUUUGCAUGUUCGCUUGCUUCCAAAAUUAUGUGGAGGGGAUUUUAUUCUGAGGUCAUGGUAACAAGGUCCUGUCCAACAUGUGAUUUUCUUUGUCAAAUAAAGGGCUUAACAAGCAGA